UCUAACAUGGCGGACGCAACUGUGCGAAUUUGAAGUCUGUUCUAAACAUCAAGUUAACGGGAUUUUUCUGGAACGGGAUGUUACGCUGUUAUCAAAAGGCCUUAAGAGAGUUAGAAGAAAGCAGAGACAGACAGAAGGCCGCAAGCGAGGUUGAACGACUGAACCUGCUUCACGGCGAACAAGUCGAGAAUGGUGAACAUUCGGUUAGAGAUGGAGAAAAAGUCGAAGGUAAACGUGAUAAAAUGCAAAAGAGAUCCCACAAACAAGAGGAUUUUUCUACAGCAAAAAGCACAUCGCGGAAGCAUCAUAAACCUAAGAAGAAAAGGGAAAAGGAGCAGCCGGAAAAGAGGAAAAAAAAAGAACUGGAAACUGUACACGAUUCAACGACUAUCAUCGAGGCAGCAGCUCUUGAAUGGGAUGAACAGCUAAAAUAUAAUCAAUAUGGAAUCAACAGGAAAACGAGAAAAUCAAAGAAAAGACAUGGUGAUGAAGCAACUUACACAAAUGGCGAUAAAAGAUGCGAAACUCAGGCAAAGAAACAAAAAAAUGACUUAGAGAUUGUUUCAGAUACAGGAAAGAGGAAAAAGAAAUUAAAAAGAGUGCACACACCAGAAUUUCCAGAGGGUACAGACGAAAAUCACAAGAAGCUUAGUGACGACCUAGAGAUUGUUUCAGAUUCAGAGAGGAGGAAAAAGAAAAAGAAAUUAAAAGGAGAGCACCCAUCAGGAUUUCUAGAGGGUACAGACAAAAAACGCAAGAAGCAUAGUGACUUAGAGAUUGUUUCAGAUACAGAGAGGAAGAGAAAGAAAUUAGAAAGAGACCACCCAUCAGAAUUUUCAGAGGGUACAAUAAAAAAACACAAGAAGCAUAGUGACUUAGAGAUUGUCUCAGGUAAAGAGAGGAGGAAAAAGGAAAAGAAAGUAAAAAGAGACCGCCCAUCAGAAUUUUCAGAGGGUACAGUCAAAAAUCACAAGAAGCAUAGUGAUGUAGAGAUUGUUUCAGAAAGAGAGAAGAAGAAAAAGAAAAAGAAAGUAAAAAGAGACCGCUUGUCAGAAUUUUCGGAGGGUACAGUCAAUAAACACAGGAAAGAUGAAAAAAAUAAUGGUGAAAAUUGUACUACAAGUGAUCAAAUAACAGAUAUAAACAAGCAGGCAUCUGUGGAGCAGUGUAUACCAGAAAGGUCAAAACAUGAAGUAAGUUCUCAAGGAGAAUCUUCCCAGUCAAACACUCAUCAUUCAACAGACAGCCCUGGAAAGGUAUCUCUAAGACCUAAUCACAAAAAGAAGAAGAGAGACAAAAGCAAAGAUAAUUUGAUUGGAAACAGAACCCUCAGUGAAAGUGUUGUAAAUGGCAAUAAUCACAGAACUGGAGUUACGGAGAAUGUAACUGUUAAGCCAAACUUUGAUAAGGCAAAGUUAGCAGAAGCUAUAAAGAAUUCUGAGAUAAUUCAGGAAAACUACUACCUUUCUAAAGCACAAAGAAUUGAAUUCAGUGAACAAGGAAUAACCAUAAGAAUAGGACAAUGGUCCACACAUGAGAUGGAGUUGUUAAGAUAUAACAUGGCUCAAUUUCUGAAGUGUCAUAACCUCUCAGAUCCUGCCAGGCUCCUGUUUGCUUCACGAAAUAAGGAUUCAGAAGAAAGGAUUUAUUGGACUCGCUUUGUCCGUAGAAAUAAACUUCUCAAAGAGCUUGGUAAAGGUAUCCAAAGGUCACCGCUUUCUAUCUACCAAUGUGCAAGGAGGAUUUAUGAUGAAAAGAAUUAUGUUGGAACGUACACUGAAAGUGAGAUUCAAAAAUUGAAAAGGUACAGUUCACCCAGUAACCAAUAA